AUGGCCUCUGCGAAGUCGGCAGGAGGGGAGAACGCCGGGGGAGCAGCUUCGGAGAACCUUCCAGGACUCAAGGCUGGCAAAGGCGCGGGGGGAGGGGGAUCGCAGAGCGGAAGCGGCACUGGGGGAACGGGCGGAGCUCAUGGGGGAGGGGGAGUGGGAGGGACAGGGGCAGGGGGAGGCGGAGGAGGGCUGGGGGGAAGCGGAACAGGAACCGGCGGGUUUUCCAGCGGAGGCGCUGGUAUUGGGGGGGGCAUCGGCGGAAGCAGCAGCAACACUGGUGGUGGCAUGGGCGGUGGCAGCAUAGGCAGCAUAAGUCCCAUGCCUGGUGGCGGGAAUAUCAAUAGCAUUAGCAAUAGCAGUAUGAGUGGUGGCGGUAAGAUGGCGAAUGGCUUAGGUGGCGCAGGUGGGGGGAGUGGCGGGGGUGGGGGGAGUGGCGCAAGUGGCGCAGGUGCGGGGGCUGGCGGGGGAGGCGGAAGUAGCUCACAAUCGCUUGGCGCGCAGCCGUCGAUGCUAAGCAAUGGCGCGGCGCCGGGGGGGAGCUUCGAGGCGGAGAGAUUAAGGACGUACCGCCAGUGGUUCCACGAGCUGGACGCGCAGCGCAGCGAGUUAAUCUCCUCCGGCACCAAAGGCCCGGUGUUUGGAGGAGCUGGUGAUGCUGGGCACCAAGCUCGGCGCGCUGUGCUCCCUCUCCCCUUCCUAAUCCACUCCAACCGUUCUCAACCCCUCUGUCCUCCUCCCCCAAGGCUAUUGGAGUGCGAGAUUAGGUGUCUGGAGGAGCUGGUGAUGCUGGGCACCAAGCUCGGCGCGCUGUGCUGUUCGCCCAUAGGCGGGGACGCCACCAGGCUCUCUGCCCCCGCCGCCACUGCCAUCCCCGGCAAGCCCCGCCUAGGUGGUGGGGUGGACUCCUGGCCAUCAGAUGAUCCCCUAUCUCCAGUGGACGGCCUAGAUCUCUCGCUGGUCACGGACAUGCUGCUCCUCUCUGCCACCUCACCAUGGACUGUCUACGUGGCAGAUAGGACAAAUUGGCGGCUGUGCUACGUGUCUCCCAGUGUGCGCGCCACGCUAGGGUGGCGCCAGGCAGAGCUGGUGGGGGAGCACGCCUUUGCAGCGUGCCACGCAGACGACCUGCCGCGCAUCCAGCGCAUGAUAGACGACCGCCGCUUGACAGAAGACCGCCGCUUGCUAGACGACCGCCGCUCGCCGCCCCUCUCCCUCACGCCGCCCACCGCCUCUGCCGCUUCUCGUCUCUUCCGGUCCGGGUCGGCGGGGAGUCCGAGAGGGGUGGGCGUGGGGGAUUCGCUGGGUAGCAGCCCGGGCGGCAGUGCGGGCGGCCAGUGCGUCUUUUAUCGGAGGUUGAGACGGAACAGGAGCUACGCGACGGUGCAGGCCACUGGGAGGGCUCUGGGCGCGAGGUGA